GCUUGUUUUAGCCUUGCAACAUUUCAGUGUAUAUGUUUGCACCACUCAGAAACCAUUGACUGUAUAUACAGAUCAUAACCCACUGGUGUUUCUGAGCCAAGUCAAAAACAAGAACAGAAGGCUGUUAAACUGGAGUUCAAUUUUGCAAGAGUUUGAUCUCAUGAUAACUCACAUUAAAGGCAAAGAUAAUGUGAUUGCUGAUUGUCUUUCCCGAUGUUAAAUGGGAAACAUGUACCUGUACUAAUCUGAUAGUCUGUAGUUGUGUAGAAUGAUAAUUAUUGACAUUACUAACUGUAUGCGCGGUUAAAUUUUUCUUGGGAAAAAAUUUUUUUUAGGUGGGAGGUGUUACGGACUCAGUGAAAGUCCCUUUAAGAUAGAGAGUGUGUGUAUGUGUGUGUGGGGCAUGCUUACGUCAAUAGAAGAUAAAGGACGUAAUGACGUUGUUGGAGAAGUCAGAAGAAGAAGAGAGAGAGAGAAGGGAGAGAGACACCAGCCUGCUUGUUUUCUCUAUCGAUGGAUGAGAAACAAUAACUGUGUCUGCCACUGAAAUCCAUGUAUGGAAGUUGGAAGUAAUCCGGUGGAGUUCACUUUGUUGCUGACCUGUAGAAGGAAACAGGUAUUUGUGUGUGGACGACCACGAUUCGGAUGCUUUUCGGGGUGAGGAAGUCACUACCGAGUAAACACUGAAGUGUUGCUUGGGUUCCAUCGUGGAACAUUUGGAUUUCGUAUUUACUCUCUCUAUGUUUCUCUAUGUCUACGUCUUAUCUUCAGACAACGGUGGUUGUUGAAGAAGCCCUUGCUCAUGUUUCACCUUAUGGCUUGCGGAACUGAACUUUAAGAACCAUUCCGGAACUGGGAGUUUUGGACUUUGCCACACACACACACACGAAGAGUUUAGUUUUGGGGUUAACGUCCGAGGUUUAACAUUUUUGAAUUCUAACAUACUAACAUUUUUACUUUUAUUUUACGCAUUAUCGUAAGUAGUGAUUAAUAAAAUAGUUCUUAACACUGAAUCAUGCUCAGUGUGCUUCUUCUGUUGCUGGUUCGUGACAGUGUGCAUGGAGACAAGAAAACAAGAAGUAUUUUUUAAAAAUUUGUAUAAUUAAUAAUUGGUUUGCGACACCUAUAAAUAUUUUGGAAAAAGUGUCUAUUGCAAUUAUUGCAGUAGUUAAUGGGUUAUUAGUAGUUUUGGUUAUUAGGUUUUCAGACUUAAAAUCAAUGUUGAGAAAUACAUGUGAAAUACUGCACAUAAUUAGGUAUAGUUAAGACAACUAGUAUAAGAUAUGGGAUUUAUCAUAUGUUAAGCUUUCUGGAAAAGUCAUUCAUUGGAUUUGUCACCAUCAGAUAUAAAUACUGAUUGAUUUUUAAGGUCUGGUUCAUAUUGUAGUGUUAUGGUUGAGAGGUUUAGAAAAAUUAGAUAUAGGGUUACUCAUUCUUAAUAAAGGUAUAUAUAGUGUUUGUAAAUAGUUAUUUGCCUAAUUCUCUAUAGUAUGUAGAUAGUCAAGUUUAUUUAACUUGCAAGUAGCUAGUGAUAUAGCUUUGUUAUUUUUGGGAGAUAGCACUGUAAUAGAUAUUGAGUGUCUUCUUCUCAGGCAGUCCCUUGGAAUUGAGGAUGACUUGCUUCCAUUCCAGUUCUGUGGGAUCUGAAGUGACCGACGAGGCCAAAUGUUGAAUCUGCAGACUCUAUCAUGGGUGGAGCAAGAGGCGCCUAACGGCACUGGCAGGUAGUAGUCUGUGAGCUCCUUCUACCUUUUGUACUAGGCUUCCGUGUACUUCCAAUGCACGGUCUUGAAGUUCCCAGUGCCAGCCCAAGUGCUCCUCUGCUUUGAUUGGCUGUAUGCCAGGAAUUUCAGUCACUGGGGACAUUACAUUUGUUUCGAGAUGGUUUUGAGACCAUCCUUGAAUCUUUCCCUCCACUUGAUAAACUCUUCCUGUGAUAGAGCUCUAAAAAGAAUUGUCUGUUUCAGGAGUUGGGCAUGUACACAAUGCUGCGUGCUCAGUAGAGCCAUCUGACUAUAAUUAGGGUCUCAAUGCUAAGGAUGUUGCCCUUGGAGACAACACCAAUAUUGGUUUGCUUAUUCUGCCACUAGAUUUGGAAGGUUUAGUGGAGAUAGUGAUUGUGAAAUCUCUCCAGUACUUUGAGGUGCCUGUUGUAGAUCAUCCAAGACUCUGUCAAUGGGGACAGACUGUGAAGCACCAUCUUCAAAUCUGGCUGCCCACAAAAAUUCUCCUCCCGUCUUGCAUUUUCUUCAUGACAGUCUGCAAGCCAAAAUCUAAGGUCUACAACAAAGCCAAUCUCAAAGAAGACCGGUAUCUAGCAAGACCGAAUCAUUACCACUGCAAUCUUUUAAUCUUUCUCACCACAAUGUUGCACCUCACUUCCAAUAAGCUUCUAGGUGAAACUUAUGGGAAACUAUUCAACUUACAUUGUCUCCACUACAGACUCAAGGUCACUUCUACAUCAUUAGUCAUGCUACAGUGUGCAGACAACACUUGUCUAUAGCCAUUUUUGGAGGGUCAGCUCUAAGUCACCAUCAGCUGGUACAUUGGAACAUACAAGGGAACAGAUCUAACAUUCAACAUCUGCAAAACAAGAUCUUCAACCAAACUACCUCCACUGUACAACACUGCCCCCUGACAAUAAUGAUUCACAUUAGGACCUGGAAAAUGUAGACCACUUCCCAUAUUUCAGGAGCCACCUCUCGGUGAGAACAGACAUCAGUAAUAAAAUUCACCAUGACCUGCAGUGUUUCAGCAGACUUUGGCCACCUGAGGAACAUGUUUACUUAUCUUACUAAAACAGCAGGAACCUACCAAUUAGGGGCAUUCAAAGUUAACAGCUGAGAAAUAUUUUAAACACACCGGCAUGGAAAAAUAUUUACAUUUUCAAUGCACUUUGUUCAUGACAUUGUUGUAAGAUGACACCUCCUUUUCUGUUGGGAGGGUACUGAAUGGGUGAGAGAAGUGGCAAUGUUAGAUCAAGAUGUAAGUGUACAGUGGUACUUCAGCGUAGGCAUUUUGAACUCUCAAAGAAUGCAAUGGACCUGCAGAGGUUGAGUGGAAACGUCAGAUCUGUUAUGAUGAAAGACUGGAUAGGCUCGGUUAUUUUCCUUGGAGCAGGGGCUGGUGAGGCUGAUAGAGGUCCACGAAAUUAUGAGGGGCAUAUAUAGGGUGGGCAAUAAUAAACUUUUCCCUAUAGCAGAGGAGCCUGUAACCAGGUUUAUGGCAAAGGAGUAAGAGGUUUACAGAGAAUAAAAGAAGACUUUUUUUUACCCAGAUGGUGGCAGGAAUUUGGAACGCUCUGCCUGAGAAAGUGGUCGAGGCAGAAGCUCUCACAACAUUCAAAUAUCCAGGCGAGCAUUUGAAUUGGCAAGGCUAAGGCUGCGGGGAGGUGGUGGCAGGACGCCAGAGCAGUCUCAAACAGACCAUCACCUGUCCGAGACUCGUAGACUCCAGAGGUGGUUCCCCCUCUAUCAGAUGUUGACCAGUAUUGUUUUGAUCCCCCCCCACCCCGCCUCGCAGCACGAUCCAAUCAGGAGCUGCGCUCCUUGUCUCCGACACAAGACUGUUCAAUGAAAGAACCGCUGCCCAACCAGCCUAUCAGACGGCAGCAUCACGUCAGCCGCCGAGCGCGCGGCUUUUCUGUUGGCGACUUCGAGUUCGGGCUGAAUGGCGACCAGCAGGAAGGCUGGGACCUCCGGGCUCCUGUCCCAUUCCAGGACUCUCUUCCUGACGAGUCACGGCGAGCCGCUGCGCUUUUACAUCCGGCCGGGGCCUACCAAGAGCUCGCUGCUGCCGUUGAUAAUACAUGGGGGUGGCGUGAUGUGCCGAGUCCAAGAGCCGGGCGCCAUUCUGUUGGCGGACUCGGCGGAGCGGGAGGGGAUGCCGAGCGGCUACACCCGGACGCAGUACGUGCUGGACUGCGUGCAGCAGAACCAGCAGUUGUCGCUGGAAGAUUACACGGCGGUCAGGUCGCCGCCGCAGCGACAGGCGCGGUCGAGCGCCGCCGGUAGGGUUGCCUACACCAAGCUGGAAGACGUGGCCAUCCUGAUGUACGUGCGCGACCACGGCGGCGCGGGCUCGGUGCGCGGCAACGCACUGUGGCGCGAGAUGGAGCGCGUGCAGCUGACACGUCACAGCUGGCAGUCUAUGCGGACCCGGUACUUGCAGCACCUGCGCGGCCGCGAGCACCUCUACCAGAUCGACAGCCGCUCCGUCAUCCCCACCGCCGUCUUUUCUCAAGUGCUCGACCGACAGCCGCCCAAACCAGAAGCAGGUGAAAAGAAUAAUGGCAGUCUCAAACAUGCUGAACGAGAGUCUAAUGAGGAUGCAUCUUUCCCUGAUGAGCAAGAAUCUGAUGGUGUAAAUUCAGAGGAGGAAUUCUUCAACAUAUUUCCAGUUGCUAUCCGUGAAUUUGAGAUUGACGAACCUCCUGAACAGCUGAAGGAGACUAGUGAUGUGACAGAGGCAGAAAAUAUCCUGCAAGAGCAACAGAUGCAAACUGACAAACAACCAGAAGUGGGCCUUAGUGAGCGUUGUCCUAAAAGGAAAGGAACUAUGGCGGAAUUAAUUCCAGGCAGUGACCAAAUGGAAACAGACAAACCACAAGAAGUGAGCCUUGGUGAGCCUUGUGCUAAAAGGAAAGGAACUACCUUAAAAAUUAUUAUGGACAAUAAGCAGAUGGAGGCUGCCAACCUUCCAGAAGUGAGCAUUGGUGACCAGCAAACUAAGAAAAGAGCUUUGUCAGAGUUUGUCGUGAACAAUAAGCAGUCAGAAUCAGACUCUCGAGCAUUGGUAGAUGAGCUGUCCUUGCCCACAGCCUCCCAGGAUGAAGUGGAAUGUGCAACCAUGGCCAUCAGUACAUUGAUGCAAACUCAUGAUCUAGAUCUCUGUACAGCCACACAGUUGCUACUGAAGAACAAUGGAGAACUGGCAGCAGCAUUACACUUCAUGGAAACUGGCCACCGACCAGAUGGUUAUUCUAUCUGGACACACCAAGAUGACCUUGACCUUGAGAGUGUUGAUAGAAAAGUGCGAGGGAGGCUAAUCCAAAAAUUUGGCUCUGAGAACCUAGCUAAACGCAUUGCCUUCAGAAAAAGUUAACAAUGAAAAUUGACUUUCAUAUAUUUAAGGUUUUGGAUAUGUAGCUAAAAGGAGGCAGAAUUUGAGGGGUGAUUUUAUGGUUGAGUCUUGCCCCUUCUGUCUCCUAAGACCUGAAUUUACACCUGGUUUGCUGACUGAAUAGAAUAAAAAUCCAUGACAGUUACAAAAUCAAUUGAGUUGGAGAGUUUCAUCCCAAAUUGGUGUACAAAACUGACACUAAUUUGCCACAAAUGUGCACUGAAGGUCAAGCUUGUAUAAGAAAUGGAAAUAAGAGUUAAAAGUCCAUAGAAUUUUAUUCUUCCCACAUUCCCACAUACUCCUCCAGAUUUUGCCAUUCACCUAUAUGUCAGAGGCAAUUUACAGUGGCCAACUUGUGUAUUGACCUACAUACCUUUUGAGAUACGGGAGGAAACCAGAGCACCCGGAGGAAACCCAUGCAGUCACAAAGAGAAAAACAGACUCCUUGCAACAGCUCGAGGACUGAUCACUGGAGCUGUGAGGAUGCCCCACUGCUGCCACAUAUUAGUUGUCAAUUUCAGAUGAAGUUUUGCUGGAUGUUAAAUUUAACAUGUCUAACCAGAGAAUGCAGUUUUGGAAGAUAAUCCAGGAAUGAGCUUUUUUAGCAGUGGGUUUGAGUGGAGUAAGUGCUAAUGACAUGGGAAAGAUUUGGGGGCAUUGAUCAUUAACUAAAAUAUGAAUGUUUGUACAGAAAUAAACUACUUAAACUUGCAAUCCAUUCAUAUGUAUAACUUAAACAAUGAUUUGUACAGCACUAUCCAAAUCUUUCUUUUGAAAAUUCAGUGAGAUGCUAAAAUGCACUUUCUUGCAGAAUAUUCUUUACUGAUUUUUUUUCAGAUGAGUCUUCAUGUUGUUUGCCUCUACUGUUGCUAUCUGACGUAGUGCUUGUUCCAUUUUAACGUUGUUUGAGUUAUUGAUCUUUAUUCCCAGCCCAUCACUGGAAUAAGAAGAGUGGUCUUGAUACAGUGGGCUGAUAUGGGGGAAAAAUUCAGUGGUUUCUGCUGAAUUGUCUGGUGAUGUCUCAUGAAAAGCAUGGAUAUUGAAUGUAGACAAGAUUGCAUCUGUCUGCAAUUCCUUCCAGUCUUUUCUAUAAUUAUGCUAAUUGGUGGGGUAUUAAGGAAUUAAUGCAAUGGAACUAUCACUGCCUGUUGGUUCCUUUGAGUAAGGAGAACAUUGGGGAGGGAUGAUGGAACAGCCUAAUUUUCUCGUUGUGUACAAUCUCUACAUUAGAGGGGUUGCAUUCCUAGAAAACUGUCCAUAUCAUGUAUUCCUACAGGAUGUUUUUCUCUGAUAUUAAGGGGUGGGAUUUGAGAAUUGGGGUUCAUGAUAUUGAGAGACUUAAGCAAAUUUUGUUUUUUUUUCUUUCACCUUUGUUUAUUUAUUCCCACAAAUUCUGUAAAAGCAAAUUAUAUUCUGUAUCUCAAAUUUGAGUAGUGACUUCUGAAUUUCAUAAGGGUGAAUUUCUGUUACCUGAAUGGCUGUAACAUGGUGGUUGCCUGGAUGUUGAAUGUAAUUUUCUACUGUAAAGCUAAGUAUUGUUGAUGGCAUAUGGUUCCAUAAUGGAGUCCGCCAGCGAUUGGGAUUCGAUUCCCGUCACUGUCUGUAAGGAGUUUGUACGUUCUCCUGUGUCUGUGUGAGUUUCCUCCGGGUGCUCCGGUUUCCUCCCACAUUCGAAAGAUGUACGGGUAGGUUAAUUUGGGGGUUUAUAAUGGGCAGUGCGGACUCAUUGGGCCGAAAGGGCCUGUUACCAAGCUGUAAAUAAAAUUUAAAAAAAAUUAAAUUUAUAUGUACCACCUAUUAACUACUAAUAUUACAUUUAUCAGACUGGUAUAUUCUGUGUUAUACUGUUUAUGAGGUGAUGUACAAUAGAAAGGGAUGGGUCUAACUAGUACAGCAUGUCGGUUCACUAGGGAAUAAAGACUAAUUUGUAA